AUGAGAGACCAGCUCUCCAUCUCUUCAUGGCUAUUGCUUGGUGCGGUUGCCCAAGGCCUAGCCGUGCUGGCUCUCCCUGCUUUCUAUGCAAUUCUACCAGCUAUGGUCAUUCUGUCGUACCGAGUCACCGAUACCUUCCUCAUGACAAUGGGUCUGAAAAGGAACCGCUUCAUGGAUAAUGUCAUCAUGGGGAAAUUCACUGGGCAAAUCCCCAAUUCGGAAGGAGUGUAUUCCAGCAAACCAGCCGACGAGAACGUGGUUUCUUUCCAACUCAUCACAAGGUCAAAUCACCCUCUGGGAAUUCUCGCUCCUGGAGCUCGCGAGAUCGCCACACUGGCACAGAAUAUGUAUGCCCAGCUAGCGAAGGAAAGAGAGACAUAUGGAUUCCUCGGUUCAAAAACCAUGAUGGGAGCAGAUGAGCGCUCUGCCGGAAACCAUAUCAUUACCAUGAUGUAUUUCCGCAACCUGGAAGGCGUCCACCGAUUUGCACACGGACCGAUCCAUACCGAUACGUGGAACUGGUGGAAUUCCAAGGGCAAGAAGUAUGGAUACCUCACUAUCGCGCAUGAGCUCUAUUCUUCGCCGAAGAAUCAAUGGGAGAAUAUUUACAUCAAUGGAGAACUGAGCGGUCUUCCGGGGACCAAGGUCAAGGUUAAGAAGUUUGACCAGGAUGGUAAGGAGGAUGGGUGGGACUACAUGAACGCAGCUAUCGAUGCACGGAAGGGAAAUUUAGCGAGGCAACUUGGAAGAGUGAACCAGAGUUAUGAAAAGAAUGAGACAGGUGUUGACUAUAAUUAUUAA